GUCCACAGGUUUCCUGCACAAGAUGAACAAGUUCUUGGUAUUCGCCCUUUUCGUCGCCGGAGUCGCGGCUCGUCCGGACAUUGGGCUCAAGCUCAGGCAGCAAGGAUACGGACUUCCAACUGGAAGCUAUCUACCGGGAACUUACCAGACUCAGCAGCAGUUCGUGCAGCAAACCUCUGGAGGAAUUCCAUCCACCGGAUACAACACCGGAGCUGCCCUCAACUCGUACCAAACUUCCGGUCUCGUCGAGCAAGGAUUCAACCAAUUCACCCAAGGUUUCGCUCCCGCCAGACACGAGAGUUUCUUCUUCGAUUCCCCGGAGGAUUUGGGCGAGACCCACGUCCGCGUCCAUGUUCAACCGUCCGCCGCCGCCGGUGACAAGACCAUCUACAUCAGGGCCCCAGCCUACAACUCGAAGAUCGUGCCACACUUCAACAUCGCUCAGCAGCAAGCCGCUGGAAAGACCAAGGUCUACGUCUUGGUGAAGAAGCAGGAGCAGCAACAGGACAUCGUAGUCCCAGCCGCCGUCCAAGGACCAGCCGCCAAACCGGAAGUUGUCUUCGUCAAGUACAGCAACCAGAAGGAGGCCGAGCAAAAGAUCCAGGACAUCCAGCAGGGCGCUUCCGGCGGAAACAGCGCCAAAGUCGUCUUCAACCAUCGCGAAUUGAUCAGCUCCAUCAAGGAUCAACCGGCCAUCCAACAGCAAGGAUAUUACGCCGGACCAUCCGUGAACUUCGUGCAGACCGGAAUUCCAGCGACUUCCAUCUCCACCUCGUCCGGACCCGGCGCGUUCACCCAAACCGCUGGAAUCGGAGCCGGAGAAGAUACCAUCUCCAACACCAUCACCAAGGAGGAAGUCCACUACGGCCCAGCAGGAGCCAGCGGCCCAUAUUAAAAACAACACGACCUGAAACAAGAGGAGAAAACAUUUUAAAUUUCAAG